AUGAUCGGAUUGUACCUUUUAGACAUUUACGUGGAGCAAUUGAUGCUGAACAAAGACGUUUACAUAGACACUAACGGGGCGAAGCUCGUUGUGAAAGUUGCGUUCAUUAAUUUCCCACCGACCGAGGUCAACGAGCGCGAACGUUCCUUGAAAAAUGAGACGAUUUACGUUUACGGAUUCAGAUGCGGCCAAUCCAUACACUUCUCCAUGCCCACCGAGGAGCUUGUCAACAAAAUGAAGAAGGCAUUGUUAAAGAUCGGCAUUUUUAAGGCGAACGACACCUUCCCCAUUUGCCACAUCUUCACCCAUCUAAGCGGUUGCGCCUGCGACAUGGCCAAGGUGGCCAUCAAGGAUCCAACGCCGUACGUGUUCAGGGGCCCGUUCGAGCUGUUGGAUCCCGGGAACAACUUCGCUGGCCAACUGGACAUCGACAUCACGGUCAGAAACUUGGGAAGGGCGCUCGUGACGCCGUACGUGCUCGCCCCGAAAUGCUUCGUGUUCAAGAACGAGCCGGACGGGCCGGAGUUCAAGUGCCAGGCGUCGAGGAUGAGCGGUGGGAUGGACGGCUCGUCGCCGCCGCCGAGCGCGGAGAACACGGUGAGGGAGGAUUUGUUGGACACGGGCCCGGCCGGUAACAUGAUGGCCGACGUGGCCGCCAUCUCCCCCGCGGCCCCCCGCCUGGCUCUCGGGAGCCCGCCGCCCAAACUGCCCAGGCCACCCCUCGUAGACCCGACCCUGGUCAAGAAGAAGCCCAAGAAGGACAAGAAGAAGGCGAAGAAGAAGAAGUAG